ACCCAUUCCCUUCUCAUCUUCCACUAUAAAAAUUCUGCAACUGCCAAGUAUAAUUCCGAAACUGUGAAUUUAACUUCUAUCCAUUAAAACUAUGGGUGAAAUACAAAAUAUGAACUCCAAAUUCACAAAUUAUCAUGUAAUUUUAUUCCCUUUUAUGUCCAAAGGCCACACCAUCCCACUCCUCCACUUAGCCCACCUCCUACUCCGCCGUAGCAUUGUAAUCACUGUUUUUACAACUCCGGCGAACUAUCCUUUCAUUGCUGACUUUCUUUCCAAUACCACUGCCUCUAUCAUCGUCCUUCCUUUCCCACAAAAUAAUCCAGAAAUUCCUUCUGGUGUUGAAAGCACAGACAAACUCUCUUCUAUGUCGUUGUUUCACCUUUUUAGCCUUGCCACCAAACACAUGCAACCAGACUUUGAACGAAAACUUGAAACUCUUCGGUCAUCGGUUAACUUUAUUGCGUUUGAUGGGUUUCUAUGGUGGGUUGCUGAGUCUGCUAUGAAGUUUGGUAUUCCAAAACUGUUAUUCUUAGGUUCGAAUAAUUAUUCUUCAUGUCUCUUAAAAGCUGUAUUAGAAGAUGGCCUUCUGUCAAGGCCUGAGUUAGAUAAUGACGAGUUAAUGACUGUGAGACAGUUUCCAUGGAUAAAGGUCAAUAGAAAUGACUUCGACCCAUUAUUUACUGGCGCUGAACUAAAGGGUCCUCCUUUGGAGCAUCUGUCAAAGGUAAACAUAGCACAUUCACUAUGCGAUGGUUUUAUAACAAAUAGUUUCUACCAACUUGAAUCUAUUUUGGUUGAUUAUUGGAACACUCGUAAUAAACAAAAGUCCUGGUGUGUGGGGCCAUUAUGUCUAGCCAAGAAAUUACAGAAAAUAGAAAGAGACGAACCAUUUUAUAAGAAACCCAGUUGGAUUCGGUGGUUAGACCUAAAGUUAAAUGAAGGAAGCUCAGUCUUGUACGCAGCUUUUGGAUCUCAGGCUGAGAUCUCGCAGGAACAAUUAAAUGAGAUAGCAAAUGGGUUGGAAGAAUCUAAGGUGAACUUUUUAUGGGUGAUAAGGAAAAAAGAGUCAGAACUUGGAGAAGGCUUCUUAGAAAGAGUAAAAGAAAGAGGAAUUAUAGUGAGAGAUUGGGUUGAUCAAAUGGAAAUAUUGAUGCAUAAGAGUGUUAAAGGGUUUUUAAGUCAUUGUGGAUGGAAUUCGGUUUUGGAGAGUUUAUGUGCAGGAGUACCAAUUCUUGCAUGGCCUAUGAUGGCUGAACAACACUUAAAUGCAAGAAUGGUAGUGGAGGAGAUUAAAGUUGGAUUGAGAGUGGAGACAUGUAAUGGGUCUGUGAGAGGAUUUGUGAAGAAGGAAGGUUUAACGAAGAUGGUAAAGGAGUUGAUGGAAGGAGAGAAGGGGGCAGAGGUAAGAGAAAAGAUGAAAGAGGUUUCUAACAUGGCGAACAAAGCGAUGGAGGAAGGGACUGGAUCGUCAUGGCGUACGUUAGAUAACCUUAUUGAGGAGAUUUGUAGUAGCAAACAAGAUAGUCAAAUAGUAAUUAAUUAGUGCUAUAUAUUAGCCUGCAUGCCUAAUACAAUCAAUAAGAACACUUGAGGGUUGCAAGACUCUUGAUGUUCGGAGUUCAUGCUCUCUUAAUGCUGGAUCUUUUAAUCUAUAUUUGCACGUUAUUUGUUCGUAAUCAUUAUGUAUUCAUAUUUAAUUUUUUAUAUAAUAUUUUACUAAUUUCUUUAUCCUGAUAA